GCCGUACCACCUCCCGCCACCGCUGCCCUGACUCCUCACGCCGUCACGAAAUAAUAAACGGACCUAAAGUUCCUCCGUUUACCUCCGUCUUCCCCGUAUCAUAACACUGCCCCUCAAGCCUCAGCACUCAUGCACGUCUCUCUCUCUCUCUCUCUCUCUCUGCUUCCCCUCUAUAUUUCCAGUUCUGAUUCUCUUGCCAUUAACGCUAGCUCGAAUCUGAUUCUUCCUCGCUCCAUUUAUUCAUAUAUUCUCCUCCCGUGCUCUUCCCUCAGGAGCGGAGCCAGAAAGAUGAGUGUUUGGCUUUACUUCUUCGUCCUCCUUUCAUGGCUUCCCCUGCUUUCUGGCUCGCCGCAACCGGACCUCGAUGCGCUUGUUAGACUGAAGGCCGCCAUGGUUGGACCGGGUGGCACUGGCCUCCGUGACUGGAACGUGGAAGCCGGGAAUACAUGUAACUUUUCCGGCGUCACGUGUGAUGAAGACUCUCGUGUCGUCGCCCUCAACAUUACCUUCAUUUCACUCAAUGGCACGCUAUCGCUGGAGAUUUCCCUGCUCGACCGUCUUGUUAAUCUCACAAUCACCGGUGCCGGAAUUCACGGCGGCUUUCCACCAGAGUUAGCCAGCUUAAAGUCACUGCGACUACUCAAUAUUUCAAACAACUAUUUUUCCGGCGAGUUUCCGGAUAUCGCCGGCGGGAUGAUGGCGCUCGAGGUGCUCGACGCUUACAACAACAAUUUUUCAGGCCCGCUGCCUCUGCACUUCUCUGGCCUUCCUCGCCUCCGUUAUCUACAUCUCGGCGGCAACUUCUUCUCCGGCGAGAUUCCGAAAGUUUAUUCUGAAAUUGAGAAUUUGGAGUAUUUGGGUCUAAAUGGAAAUGGUCUCUCCGGCAGGAUUCCGGCAAGCCUUAGUAAGUUGGCUAAGCUUCAGCAGAUGUAUAUUGGUUAUUUUAAUCUCUACGAAGGAGGCAUUCCGCCGGAGUUCGGAUUGCUGACUUCCUUAGUUCGUCUAGAUAUAGCCUAUUGUAACAUUUCCGGCGAGAUUCCGGCGAGUCUUGGCCGGCUCAAGCUACUCGACUCGCUGUUUCUCCAGCUGAACCGUCUGUCCGGCCCCAUUCCGCCGGAGCUCGGUGGACUGGAGAACCUUCAGUCGCUUGAUCUCUCGGUGAACGAUCUUACCGGGGAGAUUCCGGGAAGCUUUGCUGCGCUGAAGGAGUUGAUGCUGUUCAACUUGUUUCGAAACCACCUCCACGGUCGAAUCCCGCCUUUCGUUGGAGAUUACCCGAAGCUCGAAGUCCUACAGCUGUGGGAAAAUAACUUCACAUUCGAGCUGCCGGAGAAUCUCGGCCGGAACGGCCGGCUUCUUAAACUCGACGUUGCGACGAAUCGGCUUACAGGGACGAUCCCAACUGAUCUCUGUUUUGGCGGGAAGCUUCAGAUUUUGGUUCUAAUGGAAAACGGUUUCUUUGGUAAGAUUCCCGAGAAGCUCGGCGGAUGCCAAUCCCUAACACGAGUCCGACUAGCUAAGAACUACCUCGACGGAAAGAUCCCCGCCGGCCUCUUUAACCUCCCAUCAGCCGACAUGCUUGAAUUGAGCGACAACUAUCUUUCCGGCGAACUACCACCGGUGAUAAGAGGGGACAAGCUCGGAAUGAUUCUUCUCUCAAACAACUGGAUCUCCGGCUCAAUUCCUCCCUCUAUCGGGAACCUUCUGGAUCUUCAAACCCUCUCCAUCGAAUCAAAUCGGAUUUCCGGCCACAUCCCCCCUGAAAUUGCAAAUCUAUCCCAACUUUCCAAGCUCAAUCUAAGCGGCAACAAUCUCGUCGGUAAAAUUCCUCCGGAAAUCACCCAAUGUUCGUCGCUAGUUUCCUUAGAUCUCAGUCGCAACAGGCUGGACGGCGAGAUCCCUGCUCAAAUGUCAAAGUUAAAAAUUCUCAACACACUCAAUCUCUCACGAAACGAUCUCUCCGGCGAAAUCCCGGCUGACAUCCAGCGUAUGCAGAGUCUCACAAUAAUGGAUCUCUCCUUCAACGAUCUCUCAGGGCCCAUCCCCAAUCAAGGCCAAUUUCUUGUGUUCAACACCAGCUGGUUCGCCGGAAACCCCAAUCUCUGCGGCGUUGGACUCCAUUUCCCCUGUUCUUCCUCACCCCGCUUCUCCCCUGAUUCCUCCACAAACCCCUCUAGAUCAAAGAAAAUCGUAUUAACAAUCCUAUUAUCCGUUUUCACUAUUCUCAUGGCAGCAGCCAGCGCAAAGGUCUGGUCAGCAUGGCGCAACCGUCGCCGGCCGGACGCAUGGCGAAUGACAGCAUUUCAGCGCCUCCAAUUUGCUGCGGAGGACGUCAUCGAAUGCCUGAAAGACGACAACGUAAUAGGAAAGGGUGGCGCCGGAAUCGUCUACCGCGGCACGAUGGCCGGCGGCAUCGAAGUGGCAAUCAAACGUCUAGUCGGCUGUAGCGGUGCCACCGGCGCCGGCUCCGGCGAGCAUUACGAUAGGGGAUUCACGGCGGAGAUCACCACACUGGGUAAAAUCCGGCACCGACAUAUCGUCCGGCUUCUCGGCUUUGUUUCGAACCGCGACACCAACCUUCUGCUUUAUGAGUACAUGCCUAACGGCAGUCUCGGUGAGAUGCUUCAUGGUGGGAAGGGAUCCCAUCUGGGUUGGGAAGCUCGGUGGCGUAUUGCCGGCGAGGCGGCGAAGGGACUCUGUUAUCUCCACCAUGAUUGUUCUCCUCUGAUUAUUCACCGAGAUGUGAAAUCUAACAAUAUACUUCUUGAUUCUAACUUUGAAGCCCACGUUGCUGACUUUGGGCUUGCGAAGUUUCUUCGAGAUUCCGGGGCUUCUGAGUGCAUGUCCUCCAUUGCCGGCUCUUACGGCUACAUCGCACCAGAGUAUGCGUACACGCUGAGAGUGGACGAGAAGAGUGACGUGUACAGCUUCGGAGUGGUCCUAUUGGAACUCAUAACCGGUAGGAGACCAGUGGGCGGGUUCGGCGACGGAGUUGACAUUGUCAGGUGGGUCAAGAAAACGGUGGCGGAGGUCGGAGAUGGUGCGGCCGCCGCGAUGGGGGCCAGGCGGCUGUCGCCGGCGCCGGCGGAUAAGAUCGCAAGGCUGUACGGGGUGGCGAUGAUGUGCGUCGAGGAGAAUAGUGAGGCGCGGCCCACGAUGAGGGAGGUGGUUAAAAUGCUAUCGGAACCGGGUGAGGCGGCGGCGGCGAAGUUCGCCGGGAAGAUGGCGGAGCUGUGACGGAAGUGUGAGGUGGGGUGUAUAUGUGUAAUUGUAUAUUUAUAAUAUGUGUUUUAGUGUGUGAUCUGCGGGUUAUUUUUGUGAAGGAAUUGUGAACUGUUUCAUGCUCUGUUUUUUAUAGUUUGUAAAAGAUUUUGGUAAGAAUGGUUUGAUUGUA